GGGUCUCUCUCCCAUUUUAGUCGUGUCACCUCAUCCCACUCAUGCAUUUCUGGUGUUCCGCUGACGGAAGCUCAACUCACUGUUUCACACUUGACUCCAGAGAUCCGCCCUCGAUCGUCAAGGCCUUUUUGGGACGCUUUUCCGCAGGUCCAACACUCACCUGCGACCUUAAAUGGACCAGACUAAUGGAUUGGUUGGGUCAAGCACUGCAUAGCAUCCGAGGAGCAUCUGUGAUCUGAGCCUGGAUCCGUGUGCACGCGCGCUGUCCAAUCCCACGGAUCUGCAUUUACAACUCAGCACCAGCACGCUGUUUGGAUAGACUUCACGGUCACUGUAUGUUGGAUUGGAAAAUGUCCCUAAGGAAUUGCAAGGCAGGGUUCUCUGUCCGUGAUAUUUUAGACCUCCCGGAGACGAGUGACGAAGGAUCCGUGACUGAAGACACUGAAGAUGAGGCUGAUGAAGGACUCUCUGGAAAGCAGCAGCACGCGUCCUCCACUGAUGCGCUUUGGCCCGGAUCUCCAUGUGGCCACACAUAUCCAAGUACGUUGCCAUCAGCAUCUCCAGGGGACUUGAAUCCCGAACUGUCCACGGAUGAGUCUGUGGAUCGGGAUAGGGAGAGUUCGGAGGACUCGGGGAAAAAGCGCAAACGGAGAAUCCUCUUUUCAAAGACGCAAACGUUUGAGUUGGAGAGACGCUUCAGGCAACAGAGAUACUUAUCCGCCCCUGAGCGAGAACAUCUCGCCAAGCUCUUACAUUUGACUCCGACGCAAGUGAAGAUUUGGUUCCAGAACCACCGGUAUAAAGUGAAGAGAGCCCGGGCUGAGAAAGGGACGGACCCGUAUCUGCUCUCUCCUCCACGGCGCGUUUCUUUCCCGGUCCUGGUGAGGGACGGAAGAGCGUGUCCUCUGGACAUCACUACAGCGGCACCCUAUGCUUUUAAUAUCAAGCAGUUCCCCCAGAUUCAUCACAGUCAUAACAUCUGCAUGACACAUCUGACACCUGUCAGUCAUCUGGGUCACAUGCAGCCCUGGUCCUGGUGAAGAGAUCGAGACAGCUUUUACGCGGCGGAACUUUCAACAAAUAAAGUUGUUUUAGGCACAUUUUCCAUCAUUAAUUAUAUUUCUACAAUGUGGAAAUAUAUUUUUAAAUGAGUUUUAAUGUUUUCUCCCCGUUUUAUAUUCGAUGAAACAGAAAUAGCAUAAUGUGACUUCGUCGUCAUCAUCAUCAUCGUCACCAUCUCGUGCUGUUUGUAGAUAUAUUUAUGCUGGAAAUUUUACAUUGUGUUGAUCAGUAAAUGUCAUUUAUUCAACAAUCCAAAAUGUUACUUUUCGUUAAAUUUAGAAAGAGCACGAUAAGUAGCCUACUGACAAUUUAAUAACGUUUAAGAAAUUAAUUGGGAAUAGUUAUGGAGAUUUUUUUCCCUGUUGUUUUCUAUUUUGUUUUUAUACUGAAAUUAUUCUGACUAACCUGUAAUAAACUUAAUAAAAAAAAUUUCCU